GUAUUUUUCAAAUGAAUUCCCCUCCCGUGUCCCCCGUAUACUGACAAACACACAGUUGCUGCUGACUAACAUCGUGGUGUCGUGUGCAGACUGACUUUGCUUGUAGUCAGUGCUUGCUGGCGGGCUGUCUGUCCUGUCCUGUGGGAAGAGUUGACUUCAACAACUCACAUGACCCAGCAGCAUGGUCACAGCACUCAAUGGUCUUCGUGAUGGCUUCUUGAGACAAGCUGGUGACAAUAUUGUGUGAGCAGUUGAUCAUCGUGGCGAACAUUACCUUAUGUUGUCGAACCCUCAACGUCUUGGUGCAGUUCUCAGACAAUGAGCGUGACUGCUACAUCCGGGCACUCUGGCCAUCAUGGCGCCGGACACCGCAGACGUCGAAGAGAUUCACUGGAAGAAUGUCGAUGCCCGUUGCCGGCAUCACUUUGCGGUCUGGUCAUCGGGAAAGGAGGACAGUCUAUACAAGAAAUUGAAAGAUUGUCUGGAGCUCAUGUUCAAAAGGAUAAUACUGAAUCACGUGUUCCUGAGUUUGAAAUAUUUGUUAUCCGCGGGACUCGUUCAAAAAUCAUGAAGGCAGCGAAACUGAUAUAUCAGAAAGCAGGAAUUGAUAAUCUGAUCGCCAAAGAAGCUCAGGAUUUCUGGUUAGAAUGUGUAGAACUUACCUACCCUGAGCUUGAAACACAAGCCUAUUUUGUGCCUGCUACACACAUAAACCGGGUACCUCUGACAAAAAUUCCAGAUGCAGACGUUCACGUCCUUGAUCGAAAGUCGACCACCGUUGACUCACCCAACGUCCAGGAGACGGACAUGGCGAUUGAUGCGGCCGUAGGACGUGUUGUGUUUUCUCUACACAAGAUGGCGGAGACACACAAAGACGAGGUCUUCAUGGCCAUCAGUCAGAUGAACUUUGGCGACUACCUGGGCGAGCCCUGCUAUAUGUCAGUCGCUGCUCUGCUUCCCCAUCCUUUGAACCUCCCUGAAUCUCUGCCAAGGAACUGGAGACAAGGAAAUUUUGAUCUUCUUAUCAUCCACCGACACUAUGGUAUCAUCGUGUGCGAAAUAAAAGCUUUAGGUGACAGUGAGCAAACCUCGAGUGAGGCAGAGUCUGACCUCCCUAGGAUAGGGGACAAGCUCAGAAGGUCUGUGUUACAGCUGGACAAAGCGGAGGCGAUGCUGUCAUACCUGGUCUCUGAUGUUGCACCUGGACUCAGUAUUACAAAGACCAUUGCCUUACCUAACCUCACUUCCGGUAAGGUACAACAAGUCAUGAGCGCUGAUCCAAAGCUGGCACAGGAGCUGCAUCGCUGCCUGAACACUGAUCACAUCACUGGCGUUUGCAUUUUCUCUGAGCAACUGUCCAGUCCCAGAGCUCCAUGGGAACUAACAGACGACAUUUUGUGGCGACUUAAGAAAUGGUGGGAGGCUUGUGUGAUUUCUUCUGGAGUGGAUCCCUUUAUGACCUCAGAUGUCUACAAGACUCUCGUUGCCAGGUUCUGUGGACCGGCCACAUCAGUGAAGGUGCCCUGCCUGUGUGAGCCCCGUCUGUGUGUCAAGACCUUGGGGCAGGCCGUGUCCGAGACAGGGAGGCGCUACGCCCUCUUGACCUUGUUUCCAGAACAAGUCGACCUGCUCACUUUACAACCACCCAGGGUGUUCCUGGCAGGCCCCCCGGGUACCGGCAAGACAGUGGUACUUGUCGUGAUAGCCAUGCACUGGCUGAGGUGUGGUCACGACGUCUACGUGCUCAGCACGUGGAUAAACAGUCGCGUAGUGUGUCGCAUGCUGUACCACCUUCUACUCCAGUGGCUGAGAGAUCAGGGCGACUCACAACACAUGGGAAAGGUUCAUUUCAUACAUUUUAACUUUAGAGGAGGGAAAGAAACCGACAAAGCCUUUGAUUACCUGAAGGAGGCAGCAGGAGGUUGCAAGUCCGUGUAUGUCAUCGCUGAUGAAGUCGGUCCUGAUGAUCUUUGGAGUCCUGAUCAAGAUUACCCAUCUGUAUGGAGUCAACAUUUGUGGAAAUUUUGUCAUCGUCUUCUGCCAGAACUUCCUGACCUCCAUUUCUGGGCGGCGAACUGUAAGCACGGUGUUGCUCCUCCACACGACUGGACAGUGAAAAUAUUCACUCGACCCCUCCGCUCCCCUCCGACAGUGGUGACCGAGGUAGCCUUGUCACAGGAGCUGGGCGAUGAUGUAGCUGCCUACACAGAGCGGGGUGUACCCGACCACACGCACGGUCCAUCCGUAAAGUUUGUGUAUCAUUGUGGACCCUCGCACGACGAAGAGCAUCCUCGCAAUUGUGUGCAGUGCGGCAAGGAUGUUGCCAGCUUCAUCGGGAGUCUUGGUGUUGGAGAAACAGACGAUAACAGCAGACCUUCCGAGCCGUUGGCUCUGGUUGCUGCAGCUUCUGCCAGCCCUCCUGUUGUCUGCCCUCCUGCCCUUCAGUUCCGGGACGUCCUGGUCCUUUGUCUCGGUCACGUGGACGACCAUUCAGGUGUGGUGGUGGGGCUGAAAAGUGCCAACAUCCCUACAAGAAUUAUGGAAAGCGAGGAGGACAUGGAGGACGUAGCCACGGCCCGUAGUGACGUAGUGUGGGUGUCCUACGGCAACGUAGCUCGCGGUAUCGAGCGUAAGGUGGUGGUGUGUGUUCGCGAUGAUCACCACGAUGCCGAUAGGUACAACAGACUCUACCCGCUGUCUCGAUGCAUGGCACAGCUCGUGCUGGUCUUGCCACCCUCACCGGGUGCAGCGACACGAGUCGAGGAGGAGUUGUGAGAUGCCGCAAUCUUCCCUUUUGCCAUUUUGGGGAAUCUGGGGUGGAUGUGGAAGAACAGUUUGUGACACCUAGAGAAGGUUACUCUUUGUUGGAAUUGUUGCAGUGCUAGGAAAGAUUAGUGUUAGGUGGGUGUGUUUUAGUGAUAUUACAUUUGAAGGAAUGUAACAGCGAGGAUACACGUGUGACAGAUGGGUUUGUUCUGGACACAUUGCAGUCUGACUUAUUAUUGUUCGGCAUUUAGGGGACAUUUGUAAUUAUUUUACAACAAAAUCAUGGCAUGGGAUAUUGCUAGAUAGUAGUACGUAUGUUUAGUUAUUAGCCGUGCUGCUGUACUAUCUCACGAUGUAUACCAGUGUGUUUUUUAAUGUUUUUGAUGUUUGAAUAUUGAGGAUUGGGAUGGUUUAAGUUAGAUGUGUUUCAUUUUCAAAUUUUACAAAAGGUUUGUUGUACAAAGCAUAGAGAAUAUCAUGUUGCACGUGUAUUUCAGUGACUAAUUUUUGUUCAUUUGAAUGAAUAUAGAAUAAUUACCAUGGCUACAAUGUCUUGUUUGUCAUGUUUUAUCAAUCAUGUGCGUUACUGAAUGAGUAUGACAGCUUCUCAUUAUUAUUAUUCGAUGGGAACAAACCGUAGGAAUUUCAUAUCUCGUGUAGGAAGACUGUCUACAUGCGACACUUGUUGGCAUGGCUGACCAUCGGAGGUUUCCCUCCCUCUCCCUUUCUCCCUAUCGCCUCAAGGUGGAAGCACUUUCCUACUGAAUCAACCAACCCAACCAAGGUGCACCCAGAAUCGCGUCCCGACCAGAGCUUGAUGAAACUUUCCCGAUAUACCAUACAUGUCUAUGUUUGGAAUUAAAGAUGCUUUUAAAAAUG